GACGGUGUCUUUUGACAUCCUCGACACCAAGUUCGACAUGAUUCUAGGCAUGUCUUGGUUGUGUAGCGCCGAUCAUCCGGUGAACUUCCAUGACCGAACCGUUCACAUCCGUGAUCGGAAUGGAGUGUUAGUCCCAUGUACGGUCGCGACCCCUCACACUUCGAUUGCUUGUCACGUGGUUUCCGUUGCGAGAAUUCGCGACGCCAUAGCUCGGAAUGACGUCGAGGAGAUGGGCCUUGUAUUCUUGCAUGCUCUCCCCUCGCCGGACGGACCAGCCGCGUCACCGCCGGACCCACGCAUUUCUCACCUCUUGGACGAGUAUAGAGACGUCUUCGAGGCUCCCACCGGAACGGUUUCGGAUCGGCCCAUACGUCACGGAAUCACUCUCGAGGCUGGCGCCGGCCCUCCGCGUGGAUGUAUCUACCGCAUGAGCGAAGAGGAACUCGAGGUGCUUUGCGCACAACUCGAUGACCUUCUCGACAAGGGCUGGAUUCGCCCUAGUUGCUCGCCAUACGGCGCCCCUGUUCUCUUCGUUCGGAAGAAGAACAAAGAUCUACGGUUAUGCAUCGAUUAUCGGACACUUAACGCACAGACCGUAAAGAACACCGGCCCUCUCCCUCGGAUUGAUGAUCUUCUUGAGCGGUUAGGCGGCGCGACGUACUUCUCGAAGUUGGACUUGAAGUCAGGUUACCACCAUAUUGAAAUCCAGCCUCAAGAUCGGUACAAAACCGCGUUCAAGACACGGUACAGGCAUUUUGAGUGGGUUGUAAUGCCAUUUGGCCUCACCAAUGCCCCCGCAACUUUCCAAGCAGCGAUGAGGACUGAGGUCUGCGACUUGCUCGAUCGCAGCGUCCUCAUUUACCUCGAUGACAUCUUGGUUUACAGUAGGACGUUGGACGAGCACAUCGUAAACCUCCGCGUUGUUCUGGAUCGUUUGCGACGAGCCAAGUACAAAGCGAAUCUCGACAAGUGCGAGUUCGCCAAGCAAGAGCUUGAGUACUUAGAUGCCCUUCUCUCCUUACUCCAGUACGUUGGGCAAACUCAAGUGCAACCUUGUGGUUCGUCUGCAUCUGCUGAUUUGGAAGCAAAGACAAUGUUUCGCGCUUCAGCCUCUCUCGCUGAACUAUGCACUGAGCAUGCUCUUGCCGUGGGCCCAAAUGGCAUAGUUGGGGUGGAUGUGGAGGGCUUGGAUUUAGGAGUAGAUGCAGAUGGGUUGACUGAUGGGGUGGAUGCAGAGGGGGUGGAUGCCGACGGGGUGGAUUCGGAUUUGGAUCCGGAUGGGGUGGAUGCAGACGGGGUGGAUGCGGACGGGUUGGAUUCGGAUCCGGAUGGGGACGGGGUGGAUGAGGACGGGGUGGAGGUAGAGGGAGUGGAUGAAGAGAGGUCGGCUGCAGAGGGGUUGGACGCCGAGGGGGUGGGUGCUGAGGGGGUGGAUGUGGAGAAUCAUGGCAUCUUUUCUAAAGAUGUAGAUGCAGAUGGGUUGGCUUUAGACGGGGUGGAUUCGGAUUCGGAUGGGGUGGAUGCGGUCGGGGUGGAGGUAGAGGGAGUGGAUGAAGAGAGGUCGGCUGCAGAGGGGGUGGACGUAGAAGGGGUGGGUGCUGAGGGGGUGGAUGUGGAGAAUCAUGGCAUCUUUUCUAAAGGAGCAGAUGCAGAUGGGUUGGCCUUAGACGGGUUAGAUUCGGAUCCGGAUGGGGUGGAUGCAGACAGGGUGGAUGCGGACGGGGCGGAGAUAGAGGGAGUGGUUGAAGAGAGGUCGGCUGCAGAGGGGGUGGACGUUGAGGGGGUGGGUGCUGAGGGGGUGGAUGUGGAGAAUCAUGGCAUUUUUUCGAAAGAUGUAGAUGCAGAUGGGUUGGCUUUAGACGGGGUGGAUUCGGAUUCGGAUGGGGUGGAUGCGGACAGGGUGGAGGUAGAGGGAGUGGAUGAAGUGAGGUCGGCUGCAGAGGGGGUGGACGUUGAGGGGGUGGGUGCUGAGGGGGUGGAUGUGGAUAAUCAUGGCAUCUUUUCUAAAGGAGUAGAUGCAGAUGGGUUGGCCUUAGACGGGGUGGAUUCGGAUCCGGAUGGGGUGGAUGCAGAGGGGGUGGAUGUGGACGGGGUGGAGGUAGAGGGAGUGGAUGAAAAUAGGUCAUCUGCAGAGAGGGUGGACGCCGAGGGGGUGGGUGCUGAGGGUGUGGAUGUGGAGAAUCAUGGCAUCUUUUCUGGCAGUGUCAUUGAAGAAGAAGGAAACAUUGCCCAGAAAACGUCAACAGGCGAUGAGGAGGGUGGGCACGGGACCGAGGAUUUCGUGCCACUGGCUCAACUAUCCACACAAAAUAGGCGGCAGAGGACAGCAAAAGAAGCCCUGAACGAUAUUUCUUCAGUUCUGAUGACAAAAAACAGAACCCCGAUCGAAUGGCAAGUUGCUCCGAGGAACAAAUCCCGGAAAGGAGCCAAAUGCAACCGCAGGGAAAGUUCUGAUGAAGAUGAGUCGACGGACAGUUCGGAAGAUAGCGAACGGGAUUGGGAGCAACCGCUGAAGGGAAAAGGUGGCAGUAAAGGAAGGACAAAAAGGAAAGAGUGUGAAAGUAAACAGGACGGCAGCGCCAAAGGGAAGUUGGCCCGCCUAAAACGGAAAGGUGCAGAAUCUGGAGCAAUAGUAAAGGGAUCUGCAAAAUUGAUUGGCGAGGGACUGCGUGAGCAAAGAGGAGAGAAGAAGCCCAAUGCGCAAUGCAGGUCUCGGAAUGGAAAAAGGCGCAUACAGAGUGAUGGCACCCCUGAUACCGAGCCUGCCACCGAACCUGCUGACAGCUUGGAACAUCAGCCAUUAAAAAAAAAGCGACGGAAACUGAAGCCUGUUCUGACAUACUUAUCUUCAAGACUUCAAGUCUUCAACCCAUACUAAAAGACUAGUAAAAGUCUAAAUUUCUC